GAGCACAUUGGGACUUACUCCCGAGGAUCACAAUGGCAUUCUCCGAGUCAAGCUCCUUUGUCUUAAGCAACAUGAAUUAUUGAGAGCUGGCCUAAGUAUCACCGUGGCUUGGAUAUCCUUCCUGAGCUACAUGCUUGCAAUGGAACACACCGUGGCCUGACCUGUGCCUUUUGUUCCGAAUCAGUAAAGAGCUGGAUCGAUAACAGGCAAUGGCUCCGCUUUCCGCCCGUCCCAGCAGGACCCGGGUGCAGCCAAUCGCGUGAACCCACAGAGGAGCAUUUUAAGCAAGUCACUGUACCUGCAAGGGGCUCACUGCUGUCCUGUUGCUGCUGUCCGUGGUCCUUGCAGCCAUGACUCCCAUAGCCAAAUCUUUCUACGAUCUCAACGCCACCGACCUCCAAGGGGAGAAGGUGGAUUUCAACAACUUCAGAGGGAGGGUGGUCUUGAUAGAAAACGUGGCCUCCCUCUGAGGCACAACGGUGAGGGAUUACACCCAGAUGAACCAGCUGCAGAGCAAAUACCCUCGACGGUUGGUUGUGCUGGGUUUCCCUUGCAACCAGUUUGGCUACCAGGAGAACUGCACGAAUGAAGAGAUCCUCAACAGCCUGAAGUAUGUGCGGCCUGGGUCCGGAUUCGAACCCAACUUUACCCUUUGCCAGAAAUGCGAGGUGAACGGCAAGAACACCCACUCCGUCUUUGCCUACUUGAAGGACAAACUUCCUUACCCAGAUGACAACCCUUCCUGUUUCAUGAUGGAACCUAAGUUCAUCAUUUGGAGCCCGGUGCAUCGCCAUGACAUCUCCUGGAACUUUGAGAAGUUCCUGGUGGGGCCCGAAGGCGAGCCUUUCAAGCGCUACAGCCCCCGAUUCCUCACCACCAACAUUGAGCCCGACAUCCAGCGCCUCCUGAAGCUUGCCAAAUAAGAGGAGAACAAGCAUCCCUAAGAUUAUUCCAGUGGAGACUGGUUCAUUAGGGCAACCUCAGCCUGCCCUCACCUUAUUUCUUACAAAUGCCCCGG